CCUUCUCGGUACGGCUCUUGGGAUCGAGGAAGCUGGCAAACGGACCAGAGUUGCCAUCAAAACCCUCAAAGACGGUGCUGACAGACAGGCCAAGAUGGAGUUGCUGUCCGAGUUAAAGUUAAUGAAGACAGUUGGUUCUCAUCCAAAUGUUGUCAAGCUACUGGGACACUGCACAGAAUCAGAUCCCGUUUACAUCAUCGUCGAAUACCUUGCCAAGGGUGACCUCAAGAAGGUGCUGUUGGGGUACCGAGACAAGGACCCAGGUGCAGGUUACUCCAACAUACCUGGCCUGAACAAAUCUCUUUCACGCACCCUGGUCAAAUUUGCCAGGGAUGUAGCAAGCGGAAUGGCCUUCUUGUCAUCACAACAGUGUGUGCAUCGUGACCUAGCUGCCCGUAACGUGCUGGUGAGCGAUGACUUGGUCUGUAAGGUGUCUGACUUUGGACUAGCUCGUGACGUCAUGAACACUCGCAUCUACCAACGAGAGUCACAGGGUCCACUCCCUAUGCGAUGGAUGGCACUGGAAUCUCUACUCGAUGACGUGUACACAACAGAGAGUGACGUGUGGUCUUUUGGAGUUUUGCUGUGGGAGAUCGUAACACUUGGUGAGUGAC